AUGUCUGGUAACGAGGUGAAUUUCAUAACAAUUGUUAUGUGAACGUAAUAUACAAAUAAACUCUCCCUUUUACAUGUACACGUUCUUAUUAUUGAAAAUUUUAUAAUACCAGACUAAUCUUGAUAACUUGAACUUAUUGAUCUAUUUCAAUUUAUUGUCUAUAAAUUCCGUAAAAAACAUGUUUAACGAAAUGACAGACAGAACAGCAGAGUGGCGCAGUGGAAGCGUGCUGGGCCCAUAACCCAGAGGUCCGUGGAUCGAAACCACGCUCUGCUAAGGGGGAUGAUUUCUUCUCAGGUCGUUUAUUUUUCUCUCUCUCUUUUUUUUUUACUGCAAAUUGCUUCUAGCCAACUGGUGCAAAGUUCCUAAAAUAUAAAUUUUCUUUCGAAUCUACGCAUUCUAGCUAAAUUUUAAUGAUAAAAAUUAGUUGUAGAUAUUUGUAAGUUACAGAAAUAUGUAUGAAUCUACACGUUCUAGCUAAGUUUUAAUGAUAAAAAUUAGUUGUAGGUAUUUGUAAAUUACAGAAAUAUGUAUGAGCAAAAAGAAACGGAACAACAACCCUUUAGCAGAGCGUGGUUUCGAUCCACGGACCUCUGGGUUAUGGGCCCAGCACGCUUCCACUGCGCCACUCUGCUUCGGUGUUUCUAUUUUUGAGAAGUUUCAGCGCGUUGCGAAAUUUUAUUUCUACACGUUCAUUUAAAUCUAUGUUUAUCAUUCUGUGCAUAUUUAUCACUUCUUCGUACGUGGGAUGAACUUUAAAAAUUUUAAUAGAAAAGCUCUUUAAAUGUAGCUUAUUUAUUAAUCUUGUUUAUAUCUCUUUUUCGUUCGUUUCAGUCCGACAUCGUACACCAAAGCGUGUACGAGCUGGUCCACAGCGAAGAUCGAGAGGAACUCCAAAGGCAGCUCAUGUGGAAUUCUUUUCUGCCUGCCGAGAAUGCGAGCCUCCCCUUGCACGACGCUCUCUCACCCCAGCACAGUCAUCUUCUGGAGCGCAGCUUCACCGUCCGUUUCCGGUGUCUUCUGGACAACACUUCCGGCUUUCUGCGUUUGGACAUCAGGGGACGAGUGAAGAUACUGCACGGUCAAAACCGAAAGACGGAAGAGCCACCGUUGGCUCUGUUUGCCCUGUGUACGCCGUUCGGACCACCGUCGUUGCUCGAAGUUCCGCAAAAGGACGUGAUGUUCAAGAGCAAGCACAAGCUGGAUCUCGCGCUCGUGUCGAUGGAUCAACGGGGAAAAAUGUUGCUGGGUUAUUCGGACGCAGAACUCGCGAACCUCGGCGGCUAUGAUCUAGUCCAUUACGAUGAUUUGGCGUACGUCGCGAGCGCUCAUCAAGAACUAUUGAAAACCGGAGCCUCGGGAAUGAUAGCGUACAGAUUCCAAAAGAAAGAUGGUGGAUGGCAGUGGCUGCAAACUAGUUCCAGGCUAGUCUACAAAAACUCGAAGCCCGACUUUGUCAUCAGCACGCAUCGACCUCUCAUGCAAGUAUCCCUGCAAACUGAGCAAUUUGAUCUCCCGGAGGAGGAAGGCAGGGAUCUUCUCGGUAAACGAACAAUGGACUUCAAAGUGAGCUACCUGGACGCCGGUCUGACCAACAGCUACUUUUCGGACAGCGAUAGUCUCACAGGUUCCGUGAUGACGCCGACACUCCCCAGCCAACCGACGUCGCAGAGAGUGAACAGGCGGUACAAGACCCAGCUGAGAGAUUUCCUGUCGACCUGUCGGAACAAACGUACCAAGCUGACCGCACAAUCGUCCGUUUCCCCGCCGGCCACACCUACUGUCGCAUCCGUGGACUAUCUUGCAGCCGAUACCAGCGCUGCAGCUGCAGUUGCAGCGGCGUACAGCAACUUGAACACGAUGUACCCGACUGCUUAUGCACCCACAGCGGUAGCAGCCAGCACGGAUCCUUCGUUGACCACGUAUAUCGGUCACACGGGCAACUAUCAUCAAACUUUGUACCCGGCAACUGCAUUGGACAAUAGAUAUCUCACCGCAGCAACGGAGAACCUGUUCCAAUACAGACCUUUAGGCUCCUACUAUCCUGAGUACCACACGAGCACCGCGUACAACGGUUUCAUCGAUGUCUCGCUACCCACCUACGAAACGCACCAACUAACGAGCAAAGCCGAGGAGAAGCUCUACUGUCAGCAGCUAGGCGAGUCUCCCAAGUACAGCUACGUGGAAACAAGACACCCUAGCAGUGUCAGUGGCUCACCGUACGCAGCCAGUCCUGUCGCAAGCGCGUCGACGAUGCACACCGCAACAGCGGACAUCAACAUCGUACGCGCCGGCAGCAGGCACUCCCUGGAAGGUGGAGCUUCCUCCAGCAAUUCUGCUGGAAGCUCUCCGGUGACCGGACCAACGAACGGCGUCCUCACUCCGAAGAUAGAGGACGUGAAACCGGAAGUCUACGGCAACGAAGCGCCGCGACAGACCGUCCUCAUGUGGGGGGCACCUCCCGCGCGUACUCCGCCGAGAAACAACGGCAGCUACAGCCCACCCACGCCACAUUCCACUCAUUCCUCUACGCACUCCACUAAUGCCACGGCUGGAGACCCACUGAAGUCGCUGGCGGAAAUGAAUUCCAUGAACGGCGAGUGCAAAUGGCGACAAACGUCGCCCAGCGAGCAACAGACCACCGCGCCUAGUUCACCGAGGGCCAAGGCACAAUCACAGCAACAACAUCAGCAUCAUCAGCAGCAACAGCAACAACCACAGCAGCAGCAGCAGCAGCAGCAGCAUCAACAUCAGCAGUAUCCGGUGACCACGUCUCAGUAUCAGGCAGCAGCGGCAGCCGCGGCUGCAGCCGCGGCCGCAGCGGCCAGCACUAUCGGAUACGCGCACUCGCAUCCAGGCCAUGGCCACGGGGAAGCGGGCUCCGAGGUAUGGCAAGGAGUGCAACACCACCACCACUACCAGUACUAUCCUUACCACCAUCACCACCCCGCACCACCAAGGCACGCGCCCCAAGUUGCAAAUAACGGGGAAACACAAUUCUUUCGGUUGCAGCACACCGCCGUCAGCUGUGGGAACGGGGACAGGAAUCGGCAUGGGCAUCGGCCCGGACAGCAACACCAGCAACAGCAACGCCUUGUACCACCCUCCGCACCACCACCCUCAGCAUCAGCACGCGGUGGGAUCAUCAGCGGCGGGAAUGGGCCCAACUGUCCCUCAGAUUCCAAACCGGACGCCGGGAGUCCUUUGCUGUCCAUCUCUGAG